CUCAACGUUGCAUCCACACGCCUUCAGCAACACCGACGAUAUCACAUCUGACUCGGUUUACUCUGACCUCGUCAACAGUGACACCACCAUCUUCGACAUACAACAAGUGAUCAUCUAUGGGUUCCUACAAGACCACCGCAUUUUCCCCUCUUGUCAGCGCGCCAAUCGGCCUUGUUGCUGUCUCUCCAGAGUCUGCCAGCGGACUUUCUUAUACCGACUCGGGCUUUGUAUCGCUGCUGUGGCUAGUUGUGGGAGGCCCGCGUUGAAAGACGUGGGCGAAAAGACGACAGCAGACUGCCGAACCUGCGCAUAACAGAAGCGCGAAUGCGCAACGAGUAUUGACCAUCCAUAACUUGUGAACGUCUCAACAUCCUGCGGAAUCAUACAGCCUAACUUCGCUUGCACGAUAGUUACAUCCUCUUCACAACGUCGACAGAAUGCCCGCUAUGGACAUCGACGGCCAUGCGCUUGAUGUUCCAGUCCAACGAUCCCCACCAAUGCGGAUCGCGUCACCCGCACAACGGCCUGUGCAGAAUGCGAUGAUGGACGAGCCGCUACCAAUUCCGCGACUGGAUCAUGAGGCGAUGAAGGAGAAGGCCAAGAAGCGAAGGAAGAACAAGAAGAAAGCCAUGCCUGCAGCAGCACCUGCAGCUAGCGUGACAAGAGGCUUCCAAACGCCAGUCGCCUCCGCCGGCGAGGAGUCAGACAUGUCUUACGCCGGCACUCCCCGACUAGGUGCGACUGGUAGUCCGCUAAUGCGACCAGCCAGCUCCGGCAUAGGCGGCAUCAGUGCGCUGAAGGCGCGCCUAGACGCUCUGUCACUCGAAGGCGGACAGCCACGACCUAGUCUAGUGCACGUUAUGUCGAACGACUCCGUCACUUAUGAUAGCACCGCCUCUUCCCGCGCUAGUGACGGCGACAAGACGGAGAUGGAGACGUACGAUGUGCCGCUCGACGAAGACUUCGCUAGCCCAGAUGCAGGCACUCAGACGCCACUUUUCGCAUCUCAGGCUGUCGAAGGUGGCUUACGAACGAAGUCUAUCUACCGCAAAAUGUGCGCCGCAGACUUCGAGCCUCUGCGCUGUCUUGGCAAGGGCGCUUUCGGCACAGUGCACUUGGUCAAGCAGCAGACCACGGGACGCUUGUUCGCUCAGAAGCAAUUCAAAAAGGCUAGCUUGACCGUGCACAAGCGCAUGAUCGAGCAGACGCGCACAGAACGCAACAUCCUGGAAUCAGUGAACCGUCACCCGUUCGUGGUGAAGCUGUACUACGCAUUUCAAGAUCACGAGAAGCUCUACCUCAUCUUGGAAUACGCGCAGGGAGGCGAACUGUUCACCCACCUGGCCAUGGAGCGCAUGUUUAGCGAGGAGGUGGCAGCCUUCUACAUGGCUGAGAUGACGCUCGCCCUCGAACAUUUGCACCACAACGUGCGGGUCAUCUACCGUGAUUUGAAGCCGGAGAACUGUCUGCUAGAUUCUGAAGGCCAUCUCUUGCUUACUGACUUUGGCCUUUCCAAAGUCGCCCUCGAAGACGACGAGCGUGCCAACAGCAUCCUCGGCACUAUCGAGUACAUGGCACCAGAAGUCGUUCAGGGGCAAAGCUAUGACUUUGCAGUGGACUGGUGGAGCCUUGGAGCUAUUGGCUUUGAUCUUCUGACUGGCUCACCGCCUUUCUCAGGCAAUAACCAUGCUAAGAUUCAGCAAAAUAUCCUCAAGCAAAAGCUACAGUUACCAUACUUCCUGGGACCCGAUGCGAAAGAUCUGCUUACCCGCCUACUGCGCAAGGAGCCGCAUAAGCGCCUCGGAGGCACGACGACGAAAGACUUGAAGACGCUAAAGUCUCAUCGCUUUUUUCGCAAGAUUGACUGGAAGAAGCUUGAGAAGCGGGAGCUUGAGCCACCUAUACAGCCUCUGAUCACCGACCCAGAGCUGGCGGAGAACUUCAGCAAAGACUUCACUGGUCUGCCCCUGAGUCCAGUAGUGACUCGGAGCAGCAGGAACUCCGAGGACUACAUGCCGGCUAUGGAGAGACCUUCAGAAAAUGACCCGUUCGGCGGCUUCAGCUUCGUAGCAAGUAACAGCUUACUGGAUAGCGACGAGAUGAUGCUGGAGGUAUGACUGCAUGAAGGCUUUGCAAGGCGGGAUUGACGGCAUCAGGCUGUAGCGCGGCGGAUUGGCGUUAUGCAUAAGACAUUGGCUGAUGGAGCAAGUGUGGGCGACUGUGCAUGUGAUCUGCCUAGCAAAUUACCCGUUACAUUAAUUGCAACAUUCGGCUGCUCACUAAGUAGCUCACUGUUUGUUGUCGCCGUCUAAUACCCACACCAUGCAGGAAGCUUUGUUUGCCAAGCAG